CCAUAACUCACAAUAAGACAAAUAUUUAGAGAGGUUGAACUUUUUGGUUAUUUUGAUUUGAUUUACCAAAAAUCCUAUUUUUAUUUAUCUUACAAGAGCAAUACAGUUGAAUUCGUUGUGAUUUUGUUUGUGGUGCGUUUCUAUUUAAAGAAUUUCAGCAGUGAAGUUGUUUAAAGAAGAAGAAGAAGAAGAGACUGAUGAACUCCUCAAACACCUCUCUGACGUCUGUUGACAGAGAAGACAUCCAAACAGCCAUCUUCAAGAAUGUCGUCACUGUGGUUCUCUGUAUCUGCAUCAACUACGUCAACAGUACUCUGGUCCACACCUUCAGCAAACACCAGGUCACGUACGCCUACAUUAUACUGACCUACAACUGUAGCAACACUGACAUUCUCACACCAAUGGUUUUCAGACAUCCUUCUCGGGAGGAAAAGAGAUAUAUAUUUAACAUUGUGUUAAUGGUCCUGGUCUGGUUCAUUCUGUUAUACACCUACUUCAUGAUCAUCAGCGCCGCCAAGGCGGCCUCCGCCGAUGCUAAAAAGGCCAGGAACACCGUUCUCCUGCACGGCUUCCAGCUGCUGCUAUGUUUGCUCACCUACGCAUAUAACCCGAUCAUGCAAAGUUUGUUGCUGCUGUUUCCUAAUGCACUCCGAGACAUUCGAUUCAGUGUCUCCAUAUUGGUUCACGUUCUUCCUCGACUCAUCAGUCCAGUCGUCUACGGGCUGCGAGACAAGACUUUCAGGAAGUACCUGAAAACUCUGUUCUGUGCAACAAACGCUAAAACUCACCCACAGAAGACGACCUGAGUAGAUCACGAUGACACCUAGUUUGAGUUUCAUAAAAGGAAACUGUCAGGAAGUAUGUGUGGGUCAGUGAAUAAUGGGUCUAAGAUAAUAUAUGAUCUCCUUUCUCUAGUCCUAGGUAAGGCUACACAGAGGUCACUGUCGUCCCUGACCCAGUGACUUGUUCACUUGAUUCAAAGACUUACUACCAAAAUCCAAUGAUUUGUCCUCUUAAACCAUAUUAAAUGUGAUAGGAAAUGUGUAAAGUUUUUUUUUUUUUGAAUCUCAAUA